AUGCCUCAGACGACCAACUUGAGCCACCAACUCAAAGUCUCAAGCGACGACGAUGGGAUUUAUCUCAUCGCAUCUGUGAUUCCUCUUUUCCUCAAGUCAGCUCUUCUCAACCAAACUACCAACCAAGCCCGACGCCUUCCACCCAGAUCGCAGGAACAAGAGGCGACAACAACUCGCUUCUCCGUACAGGCAUCGCGAUCUUUUUGUCGGUCUGCUUCGCCCAUCAUGUUCCGGCCGCAUCCAGAGGAGAGCAUGCACCUCCGGCUCCAUAGGGCUCGGUCCGUGGUGCUGACAAGUGACGAACUCGUUGAAAUCCGCGCCGCCCAGCGUACCUUUGAGGGUGCUUACAUGCGCACCGCCUUGGGCCUCUUCUCCUUCUCCCUCGUCAUCCUCAAGGUUUUCACCGAGGAAUUCUACCCCAUCGGCGCCCUCUUCGCCGCCUUUGGCACCGCCAUACUCCUCGUCUCCAUGUACCGCCGCUACCAGGGCCACCGCCAGUUCUUUGUCGCCGAGUCGCCGGAUGGUAUCCUGCGCCGGAAAUUCCGGACCAGCGGCGACACUGUCCUUCUCUUGACGGCGUUGAGUCUAUGCGCGUAUUCUACGCUGCUGGCGUUGACGUGGCGUCUCAAGGAUAUUUGA